AUUAUCGAACCAGAGAUGCAAUUUGACAAUGCGUUGUUACUUGCUAUCCUAUGAAAGCGCCAAAGUUUUGACGCAAUCAAACUCUUUAAGGGGCGAGUCAUAAAAUUAUAUCCGAGCUCGCCAGAAACACAACAGUUGCUUCGGAAUCGCAAUUCGUCAGAAAAUACACGACUUCUUACCGGAGUCGGGUCAAGGUAUAAAAUACMCCWUGACAAUGAGACGAGGUGCAGCAGAGCAUUGCCUCUUUCAACGAUACCUCUACUGUUGCUUACUCAUCAUGUUUGCAGUCAUAGUUCAGGCUGGAUGCUUCGUGCCAUCAUCGCUGCCCUGGACUAACAAGCAGAGGAAUGGCAGGAUCGGUUUGCRUCCAAGACGUCUUGCUACGAGACCUGGCGAAAAUGCCGAUUUGUUACCCCUAUCCUCUUUCGACAGGAAGAAGUUGCAUCAUAUGAAAACGCGCGGGCGUGUCAUACCAAUCAUUUUCAUGGCCGAACCCUUGAUCCCUGGCCAGAGGUUGCAUUUUCGGUCCGGGGAUCCCAAGUUCGAAGAGUUGAUCAAGUACAUAGCACAGAGCGAGCAGAACUACGCCGACCACGGUGCUAGUGCCGCAGGAAAGAUAGAGAUUGGCAUAGUGGCUUUCGAUCCCAAAAACAAGCAAAUUUUAACCACUGGUGUGACAUCUCCUGUUCAGACCAAAGACUUUGCGUAUAGCCUAACCGCCGAGAACCAAGAAAAAGCAAUAACGACUAGUUUCAGGGGGACCCGACUUUUUCGAUUGAUGAGUGAGCCGUGGAUGGAUCCUAGCGGGUCGUUCCAUAUGGCUCAUGUCGAAAUCCUCGAUGGAAGAUACGACGACCAAAAGCUCGUCCAGAGGGGAAAGAUUCAGAGUGAUUCAGACAAACUGUUCUCUUUGAUCCCACCAAUGGUCGACGAUUGGAUGGAAUUGAUGUUCGAGGCUGGUUUGGCGACGCCCGCUUCAUUGAGAUUGUCGCUGCAAGACACCGUCGCCACCGAAAUGCAACAAGAACGGCUACAAACAGACAACGAUCCCAGUCACCGCACUCGCCGUCGGAACAAUAAUUAUGCGCUCUACCCUCCGAGGCGCCAAAUGGAAAGAGCCGUUUGGGUCGUAGCAUUGCUCAACCCAAUUCGAAGGUAUUCGACCCGAGUGAGCGACGAAAUUCGUCCUGCUUUCUUGGCAUGCCGCAACGAUCGAGAUCGAUUGGCACUGUGCGUAGAAGCUCUCCAUACUAGUUUAGGUUUCUUGGAGAUAUAUGUCGAAGCGAAGAGAAGAGGGGGAUCUGAAAAGGACGAAGACGGAAGUGGCGAAAUAGGGUAAGGAUCGAAAAAUCAACCGCAAGAUCCAUCYACACGUACUGUGGGUAGGAAUAAGAAUGAAAACUAUGUAUGCGA